ACGGUUGGCAUGCUGGAUGUGUGAGGUUUUCGUCCCACAAUGCACCCCUGGCCGAAGGUGGCCUGGGUCCUUCUGCUAACGCUCUUCUCUGAUUGGCUGAGGACGGCUCUGUCCCGUGACUUCACCAUCAAAGACAUCAUCUACCUCCAUCCAUCAACCACUCCUUAUCCUGGGGGCUUCAAGUGCUUCACCUGUGAGAGCGCUGUGGACAACUUCGACUGCAACCGCUGGGCGCCGGAUAUGUACUGUCCACGAGAGACCAGAUACUGCUACACACGUCACAAGAUGGCCGCCGCAGGGGCCAGCGUGUCGGUGACCAAGCGCUGUGUGGCUCUCGAUGACUGUCUCUACACGGGAUGCUCUGAUGUAUAUGACCAAGGUCACAGGGUAAGAGGGAGCGCCCGCCCAGACGACUGGCGACAGUGGAGUGGAUUCGGGCCGAGGUCAUAGCCAGAACCGGGACUGGUUCGGACCAGAUGGGCUAUCAGGAGUUUGAUAUCACUUUAGGGAUUACAAAAAAAACUGGUUUCUCACCAAAUUGAAUUGGAAUGAAUUGAAAUUA